AUGAGCUACGUCGCCAAGGACAAGGACGUCGAGGCUUCGGCCCCGGCCCCCAAGAUCCACCGCAUCAGGAUCACCCUCACCUCGAGGAACGUCAAGAACCUUGAGAAGGUCUGCACCGACCUCGUCACCCGCUCCAAGGACAAGCAGCUCAAGGUGAAGGGUCCCGUCCGCCUGCCCACCAAGAUCCUCUCGCACACGACGCGCAAGUCGCCCUGCGGUGAGGGCUCCAAGACCUGGGACCGCUUCGAGAUGAAGAUCCACAAGCGCCUCAUCGACCUGCACAGCCCCUCGGAGAUUGUCAAGCAGAUCACUUCGAUCUCGCUCGAGCCCGGUGUCGAGGUCGAGGUCACCAUCCUCUCCAACUAA